CCUCCGAGUCCUUGUCAGAGAGAACCGGCGGAGUCACUCAAAAUUUCCCGGCCUGGCCUUCACUUGAACUGGAACCACGCGACACCGGCCCGAUUGCAGCCUCCCUCGCCGGUGUGAGGAGUGAGACAGAUCAGCCAAUCUCGAGGGUUCGAAAGCCCGGUACAGCAGAAGCACAGCAACGCCCGAGUUCCGCGCAAUAAUGGCCGACACGACGCUGCCCAAGGCCAUGGCCGAGCUCGCCGUCUCCAAGACCAAGGAGCUCAAGGGCACCGAGAAGCGCGACAGUCUCAUCGCGAUCGAGAAGAAGUACCAGGCAAAGUGGCAAGAGGAUGGCGUCUUCGAGGUCGACGCCCCCUCGAUUGACGAGUACCCGCUCGGCUCCAUCAGCGCCGACGAGCUGCGCGAGAAGUUUCCCAAGUUCUUCGGCACCAUCGCCUACCCUUACAUGAACGGUCGUCUGCACGCCGGCCAUGCCUUCAGUGUCAGCAAGAUCGAGUUCCACACCGGAUUCCUCCGGAUGCAGGGCAAGCGUGCCCUCUUCCCCCUCGGCUACCACUGCACCGGCCUGCCCAUCAAGGCCUCCGCCGACAAGCUGGUCAAGGAGGUCGAGAUGUUCGGCAAGAACUUCGAGCGCUACAAGGAGGAGGACGAAGAGGUGGAGGAGGCGCCGACUUCGCAGAAGGGAGCCAAGGAGGAUCUGACCAAGUUCAAUGCCAAGAAGGGCAAGGCCGCCGCGAAGACGGUCAAGGCCAAGUACCAGUGGCAGAUUCUCAACUCGGUCGGCGUUCCACUGGAGGAGGUCCAUAAGUUUGCCGACCCGCAGUAUUGGCUCAAGUACUUCCCCCCGGAGUGCAAGAAGGACCUCAUCAACUUUGGUGCGCGCAUUGACUGGCGUCGUCAGUUCGUGACGACAGAUGCGAACCCCUACUACGACGCGUUCGUGCGGUGGCAGAUGAACCGCCUCAAGGAGCUCGACAAGAUCAAGUUCGGCAAGAGGUACACCAUUUACUCCAUCAAAGACGGUCAGCCAUGCAUGGACCACGACCGGAGUGAAGGCGAAGGCGUGUUGCCCCAGGAGUACACCGCCCUGAAGCUCAAGGUGGUAGAGUGGGCGCCCAAAGCCGCCGAUGCGCUCAAGGGCAAGAUCCCCGAGGAUGCGUCCGUCUACCUCUGCCCUGCGACCCUCAGGCCGGAGACCAUGUACGGCCAAGUGUGCUGCUUCGUCGGCCCCAGCCUGAGCUACGGCGUCUUCAGGGCCUCCGAGAAGGAGUACUUCGUCAUCACCGAGAGGGCCGCCAGGAACAUGGCCUACCAGGGCAUCUUCGAGAAGGAGGGCGUGCCGGAGAAGGCUGCCGAAGUCAAGGGUUCCGACCUCAUUGGCACCCUGGUGACCGCGCCGCUCAGCUUCCACCCGCAGGUCCGCGUGCUUCCGAUGGACACGGUCUUGGCGACCAAGGGCACCGGCGUUGUGACGUCCGUCCCAUCUGAUUCGCCGGACGACUACGCCAUGGUCACCGAGCUCGCCAAGAAGGCCGAUUUCUACGGCAUCAAGAAGGAGUGGGCCGAGCUCGAGAUCAUCCCCAUCAUCCAGACCCCGACGUCUGACCUGCUCGCUCCCCACUUGGUCAAGAAGCUCAAGAUCAACUCCCCCAAGGAUGCCAAGCAGCUCCAGGAGGCCAAGGAGCUCGCCUACAAGGAGGGCUUCUAUCAGGGUGUCAUGAAGGUCGGCGACUUCAAGGGCGAGAAGGUCGAGGUUGCCAAGCCAAAGGUCAGGGAGCAGCUCAUCAAGAACGGCGAUGCAUUUGCGUACUCGGAGCCCGAGAACAAGGUGGUGUCGAGGUCUGGCGACGAAUGCACGGUCGCCCUCCUCGACCAGUGGUAUCUCGACUACGGCGAGGAGAGUUGGCGCAAGCAGGCCUAUGAGUACGUCGAGAACAAGGACGGAAAGGGCCUCGAGACCUACUCGCCCGACACCCAGCACGCUUUCAAGGGCGUGCUCAACUGGCUGAGGCAAUGGGCCUGCGCCCGCACAUAUGGCCUGGGUUCUAAGCUCCCGUGGGAUCACAACUUCCUCGUGGAGAGUCUGAGUGACUCGACCAUUUACAUGGCCUACUACACGAUUGUUCCAUGGUUGCACACGGAUCUGUUUGGUCGGGUUAAGGGCAAGGGUAACAUCAAGCCCGAGCAAAUGAUUGACGAGGUCUGGGACUACAUCUUUUGCCGGACACAGCUGUCAGACGAUCUCAUCGCCAAGUCGGGCAUCCCGAAGGAGACCCUGGAGGGCAUGAGGAGAGACUUUGAGUACUUCUACCCGCUCGAUGUUCGUGUCAGCGGCAAGGACCUUAUUCCGAACCACCUCACCUUCUGGCUGUACAACCACAUUGCCCUCUUCCCGCGCGAGUAUUGGCCCCGCUCCGUCCGUGCCAAUGGCCAUCUCCAGUUGAACGGCGAGAAGAUGAGCAAAUCGACCGGCAACUUCAUGACGCUGGAUGACGUCGUGAGGAAAUACGGUGCGGAUGCUGCCCGCGUCGCCCUUGCCGAUGCCGGCGAUGGAAUCUCGGACUCCAACUUCGUCGAAGACGUCGCCGACAACACCAUUUUGCGCCUCUACACCAACAAGGAGUGGAUCGAGGAGGUCAUCAAGGACGAAAAGCUCCGGACCGGCCCGCUCAACGAUUUCCAGGAUAUCCUGUUCGAUAACGAGAUGAACGCGCUGGUGCACGAGGCCAAGAAGCACUACGAGGAGACGUCUUACAAGCUCGCUCUCAAGGCCGCUCACUACGACUUCCUCAACGCCCGUGACAUGUACCGCGAGGCCUGCAACGCCGCUGGCAUCCCGCUCCACAGGGACCUCGUCCUCAAGUACAUCCGGCUUCAAGCCCUCGUCCUCACGCCCAUUGCGCCACAUUGGCCCGAGUACAUCUGGCUCGAGAUCUUGGGCGAGAAGAAGUCGAUCCAGUACGCCUUGUGGCCCGAGGUGCCCCCCGCCAACCCGGCCCUCACCGCGGCGCGCGAGUAUGUGCGCCAGACUUCCUCCAACGUCAACUCGGCCGAGGCAGCGCAACUCAAGAAGAUGGCAAAGGGCCGCCAGAGCGAUUUCGAUCCCAAGAAGCCCAAGAAGCUGACCAUCUUCAUGGCCACCGCCUUCCCCUCAUGGCAGGCCAAGUACAUUGAGCUGCUCAAGGAGGUGUGGGACCCGGUCGCCAACGCGCAGAAGAUCGAGGACAAGGAGCUCAACGGCCGCAUCGCCAAGAUGGGCGAGAUGAAGAAGGCCAUGCCGUUUGUGCAGGCCCUCAAGAAGCGGCUGAGGGACGGCGAGCCGGCCGAGACCGUGCUCGAGCGCAAGCUCGCCUUUGAUGAGGCCAAGACGCUGCUGGCGAUGGUUCCCGGCUUGAAGCGGACUGCCGGGUUGGAGAGCGUCCAGAUCCUGGCGGUCGAAGAGGGCAGCAAGAAAGGCAAGGACCUGACCAACAACGGCGCCGAGGUCGAGAUCAAGGCGCCCGUCGCCGAGUCUGCUCUGCCUGGGCAGCCAAGCUUCCACUUCGAGAACGUCUAGGCAGGUAGGCAGGUAGGCUAAGCCGGGCGGUACUACCGAUCAGGGGUACGUAUUACAUGUACACAGCGCGGCAAGCUAGAGCUUUGCAUGUCUUGGUCAUGUGCGGCGAGCAAUCUAGACAGCGGAUGUACGGACGAGUCAAAACGGAGCGUAAGACGAGUCGAGACGGAACAAUAGACUUCAUUGCGAGUUCAUUGAUUGUUCAGCGGGUUGUAAUCGACUCGAACCCGGAGCAUGGCACCGUCAAGAGUGUGUGGCCCCGUCGCUGGGGAGUCUGUGUGGUAAUCUGUCCGGAUAACACGUCGGCUUGAAGUCAUGGUGCCCUGACCCGGUCCUCUCGGACUCGAGCCAUUCGCUACCCCCCCUCGUCUUCGGAGACGGGC